AUGACGUCUCCUCCUCCGCAGUCCACGCGUUCGCUGAAAAUAUGUAUCAUAGGAGCCGGAAUGGGCGGAUUGACCUGCGCCCUCGCGUUAGCCAAGGAAGGGUUUCAAGAUAUACAUGUCUACGAAACGGCCUCGGACCUUGGGUUCGUGGGCGCGGGAAUCCAAUUGGCGCCGAACAUGUCACGGAUUUUAGACGAUUUGGGCGUGUGGAAGGAGAUUGAGAAUGAGGCGGUGGUUUUGAGGAAAACUAGCAUAAGAGAAGGUGCAACAGACACCGAACUCGCGAAUGUGGAUCUGGGAUAUAUCGAAGAGACAUAUCACUACCCGCACAUGGUAGGCCACCGGCACUCCCUCGCAAACGGGCUCUACAACGGCUGCCUCGCGCAAAAAGCCAUCACGUUCCAUUUCCGCACCGGUGUCCAGCGCGUCCUCUCCUUCGCGCCCAAGCCCUCCUUCACAGCCGUGCCCCGCGAUAGUCCGGAUCCCUACACCGUGACCUGCGACAUCCUGCUCGCAGCCGAUGGCAUCAAGAGCGUAGCGCGCGGCGACAUGCUAGCCUCCCUCGGCCUCACAGCCUCUGUCAUCGACUCCCAGCAAGCCGCAUACCGCAUCAUGUUAACGCGCGAGCAAAUGGCGAGCGACGCAGAGCUCCUCGCGCUCAUAGACGCCGAGGCAGUAACGCGGUGGAUUGGCGAGCGCCGGCACAUCAUCGCGUACCCGGUCUCCAACAAGCGCAUCUACAACCUCUCGACCACGCAGCCGGAUGUGAAUUUCGCGGCGGCGCCGUCCGAGACGUAUACGACGAAGGGGUCGAAAAGCGCCAUGUUGGAGGUGUUUGGGGAUUUCUGUCCAAUGGUACUCAAGAUGCUAAACAUGGUUCCUGAAGGCGAAGUCUGCGAGUGGAAACUGAGGAUCCACGAACCUCUCGAGACAUGGAUUGCAGGGUCCACGGCGUUGGUAGGAGAUGCGUGUCACCCGACGUUACCACACAUGGCGCAAGGCGCCGCACAAGCCAUCGAGGACGGCGCCGUGCUCGGAGCCGUACUGGUGCAACUCCCCAGCACGUCUGCCGAAUCCAUCAAUAAAGCCCUGAGAGUGUAUGAGAAGAUCCGGAAAGAGCGCGCCGAGAUGCUGGUUGAGCUGGCGGCUGCGUCAGCGCGGAACCUGCAUUUGGGAGAGGGCAAGGCGAAGGAGGAGAGGGAUAGGAUGUUCAAGGAGUUGAGGGACAAAGGGGGAAAGGCGCCGGUGCCGGAUAAGUGGGCUGAUGCCGAUGUACAGAAAAUAGUGUAUGGGGUUGAUUGUGUCAAAAUUGCGAGGGAGAAUUUCACGGAUUUGUGUAAUAGUGUAUAG